GAAUAAGUAUAUAAAUGUGCGAAAUUUCUUGAUUGAGCACAGUCACCGGUACAUCCUCUUCUCAGCUACCACAUCCACCCACCUCUCAACUCCAAAAAUGAAAUCCUUCAUUGUCUUCGCCCUCUUCGUCGCCGUGGCCGUCGCUGCCCCCGCUGACAAGGACGCUACCAUCGUCCGUUACGAAAACGACAACAUCGGAGUGGACGGAUUCAACUACUACUCUGAAACCAGCAACGGUAUCAGACAACAGGAGCAGGGUCAGCUGAAGAACGUUGGUACUGAGAACGAGGCUCUUGAGAUCCGCGGCCAGUUCGCCUACACCGGCCCCGACGGCGUGCUCUACACCGUCACCUACAUCGCCAACGAGAACGGCUUCCAGCCCGAGGCCGCCCAUCUCCCCGUCGCCCCCGUCGCCUAAGCAUCCAACAAUGACCACCACAUCUAGUCUGACCAACAAAGAUGUUCAUUCAUCUUUUUUGGAUUUGCAUAGCGAAUAGGAUAGAGAAUAAACUUACUUGAUUUCA